AAACUCAAAAAGCAGCUAGAAUUAGGGUUUCGCAGUCACAUAAGUAUCAAGUAUCCAAAAUCUCCUCGUUUCGUUUCGCCGUGAGAAACCUAACACUGAACAGAUCAGUCCGCUCGAUUUCUCUAAAUGGCGAAGUCGAAGAAUCACACGGCUCACAAUCAGUCCUACAAGGCCCACAAGAACGGCAUCAAGAAGCCAAAGAAGCAACGCCACACUUCCACCAAAGGGAUGGAUCCGAAGUUUCUGAGGAACCAGAGGUACGCAAGGAAGCACAACAACAAGAGUGGCGAAUCAGCUACCGAGGAAGAGUAGACACUUAUGGAAUGGCACUUAUGCUAGGUUUUCUAGCUAGGGUUUUCCAUUUUUGUUAUUUCUUCAGCGUUGGAUUAUAUUGAGACAACUUUAUGCUAGUUUUUUGAUUCAGUAUGAAACUAUUUUUAUUUUAUUGUUGUGAAUUGCAAUUUACUUCCUAUAAUAUGUGCUAAAACCAUUAAUCAUUUUCUAAA